UCUCAGCCAAGGAUCAGCGCGGUCAACCUGUUCGCAGUAUUUUACUGUGCGACUUCCCCGCAGGGCAAGGCUAUGGCGUCCUGGCUGACUUCGAAUCAGGUGCUGUGAAUGGGAGGAACGCACCCAAGUUCAGGAAGCCUCGCGUCUUGAUGCACGAGAACCUUGUAAGGCGCAUUUGGCAACCCAACAGCCAGUUGCAUAUCAUUCUCGGCUUCAGCUGAAUUUUUCACUGCGAUAUAUAUCCCUGCGACAUUAUGCAGCUCAUGUAAGCUCCUAUAAAGGUGGUAUUCCCUCUGUCGCCCCGCCCCGCCCCGCGUUCGACUUCUGUCACACUUGACACAAGCCAGCCUAUACGAUGACUUUCGUUUCUGAAGCUCUGAUCACACAUCGUAUUGAUGGAGGGGAUAUAGGCGUUGUCAACAUAUUCUCCAAGAACAAAUGGCGCUCGAAGGUUUACGUUCGGAUCUUGGUUCAGAUCUGCAUGAGAUGGGUGAUGAUGGCCAUUUAUCUCAAUUGGUUUUGGAUACUGAUCAGACUCUCCUCGCGACUUUUGGCGAAAUAUGAAGUUGGCGAAGGAGACUUUCUCAGCUCCGCAACCACACGCAAGAAUGUCCUGACAUCUUUCGUGAAAGCCACCUCCCUCCAACGGAAGCCUUGCUGGGAAUUCUUUUGGGUCAUGUAUUUUCUAUGCGCAAAAGAUGGGACCGACUUCAUCGACGACUACACUGCAGCGUGGAGCGCUCAGCCAGACUACGAUUCGGAGGUAUUCGUCUUCAUAGAUAACGGCCAUUGCCUUAUAGUGCCUUGCUCGCAAGCCACUGCAGAUGUAGAUGACAAAGCUUUUCUAGAGCACCUGCGUUCAUUUUACAAUUUAAGCCGGAUGAAUUUUGGCCUGUUUGAGUUAUUCGGCGUAAAGUCAAGUCAAAAGAUUGAGAUAGUCGAGCUUCUACCUGGCCUCACAGCGGGUAAUAGAGUCGGACUCCCGUUAGACCUAGGUCGACAUGGAUCGUACAAUCGUCAGAUUCACUACUUCAAAGACGCAUCCAGCAUGCGCGGAACGGCCAUUCGAGAAAGACUCUUGACAGAGGGUGUUUUGACGAUAUGUGACCAUCAGAUCAACGCACUCUUCCAUGGUAGAGAAGCAAUGGCACUUAAUAUUGUGCGAGACUGGGAUCCCCGUGUCACUAGUAUAGCCAUUAUCUUCCCGACUGCAUUGAGUCUGAUAAUCUCGAUCGUCUGGUCUAUCGUGGCUGCUGUGCAUUUCAAGGCAGAUGUUCAAGCCAGUGUGCAAACUGGGUUCACUAUUGGAAGCUACGUGGUAACAGCAGGAGCGCUUCUUAUCGCUCUCGUCGCAUUUCUCGAUACGAAAAUAAAUGCCUCGUAGCACUCAUGUUCGUGACACAGUGCAAGACCGAAUCUCAGGGACUCGGAGGGAGGAGUCUGGCAGUGCUCAUAUACUUUGUUUGUAAGAGAAACAUAGCUGACGGUCUAUCGUUCUGGGUUAAUCGCUUGACAAACCUCGUGCACCUCACACUCAGCUUCGUAGGCC